GCCGGCAGAGCCGCUCCAGUGGGAUCGGGCCGUCCCGGGGGCGCCGCCCGCGUUGCCUCGUCGCCCACCCUCCCGGGCCGCGCGGUGUCAGGCGGUGCCGGGUCUCGCGCCUCCCCGCGCCGCGGAUGCUGCGGUCGCCUCCGGGGGACCAGCCGGCCGGGCGCGCUCGCCGGCGCCCCCACCUCCCCACCACCAACCCCGACUGAUCGGUCGAGAGAAAUCUGGGCACCCCCGCCCUAGCCCCCCGCCACCGUAGCGGAAUUUUUUUUUACCCCGUUCUCCUUCUCUUCCGAAAGAUGCUAAACUCCUGGAAGACGGCCGCGGAGAGGGGUCCUGUCUUCUCCUGAUGCGUUUGCCUGUCGGUACCUGAGCUGACACCCCCGUGCCUAAAGAUGCUGAGCGGCGUCUGGUUCCUCAGUGUGUUAACUGUCGCCGGGAUCUUACACACAGAGAGUCGCAAAACUGCCAAAGACAUUUGCAAGAUCCGCUGUCUGUGCGAGGAGAAAGAAAACGUCCUGAAUAUUAACUGUGAAAACAAAGGAUUUACAACUGUCAGCCUGCUGCAACCCCCCCAGUACCGCAUCUACCAGCUUUUCCUCAAUGGAAACCUCCUCACCAGACUCUACCCCAAUGAGUUUGUCAAUUACUCAAACGCUGUGACCCUCCACCUGGGCAACAACGGGCUGCAGGAGAUCCGAACAGGGGCUUUCAGCGGCCUGAAAACCCUCAAGAGACUGCAUCUCAACAAUAACAAGCUGGAGGUCCUGAGGGAGGACACGUUCCUGGGCCUGGAGAGCCUGGAGUAUCUCCAGGCCGACUACAACUACAUCAGCGCCAUCGAGGCAGGGGCCUUCAGCAAACUGAAUAAGCUUAAAGUGCUCAUCCUCAACGACAACCUUCUGCUCUCACUGCCCAGCAAUGUGUUCCGCUUCGUCCUGCUGACCCACUUAGACCUGCGAGGGAACAGGCUCAAAGUCAUGCCUUUCGCCGGUGUCCUGGAGCACAUAGGAGGCAUCAUGGAGAUCCAGCUGGAGGAAAACCCCUGGAAUUGUACCUGUGACUUGCUGCCCCUCAAGGCCUGGCUGGACACCAUAACUGUGUUUGUGGGUGAGAUCGUGUGUGAGACCCCCUUUCGACUUCACGGGAAAGAUGUGACCCAACUGACCAGGCAAGACCUCUGCCCUCGCAAAAGUACUGGGGACUCCACUCAGAGGGGCAGCCACGCAGACACCCAUGUCCAACGGCUGUCCCCUACUCUGAAUCCUGCUCUCAACCCGACCCGAGCCCCGAAAGCCAGCCGGCCACCCAAGAUGAGAAACCGUCCAACGCCCCGGGUCACCGUGUCAAAGGACAGGCAGAGCUUUGGGCCCAUCAUGGUGUACCAGACCAAGUCCCCCGUGCCUCUCACCUGCCCCAGCAGCUGUGUCUGCACCUCCCAAAGCUCUGACAACGGUCUGAACGUCAACUGCCAAGAAAGGAAGUUCACCAACAUCUCCGACCUGCAGCCCAAACCUACCAGUCCAAAGAAACUCUACCUGACCGGCAACUAUCUUCAAGCUGUCUACAAGAACGACCUCUUAGAAUACAGUUCUUUGGAUCUGUUGCACUUAGGAAACAACCGGAUCGCAGUCAUCCAGGAAGGUGCCUUCACAAACCUGACCAGCUUACGCAGACUGUAUCUGAAUGGCAAUUACCUCGAAGUGCUCUAUCCGUCAAUGUUUGAUGGACUGCAGAGCUUGCAGUAUCUCUAUUUAGAGUAUAAUGUCAUUAAGGAGAUUAAGCCACUGACCUUUGACGCUUUGAUUAACCUACAGUUACUGUUUCUGAAUAACAACCUGCUGCGCUCCUUACCUGAUAACAUAUUUGGGGGCACGGCCCUCACCAGGCUGAAUCUGAGAAACAACCAUUUUUCUCACCUGCCAGUGAAAGGGGUUCUGGAUCAGCUCCCGGCUUUUAUCCAGAUAGAUCUGCAAGAGAACCCCUGGGACUGCACCUGUGACAUCAUGGGACUGAAGGACUGGACAGAACAUGCCAAUUCCCCUGUCAUCAUCAAUGAGGUGACCUGUGAGUCCCCUGCUAAGCACGCCGGGGAGAUACUGAAGUUUCUGGGAAGAGAGGCUAUUUGCCCAGAUAACCCGAACCUGUCAGAUGGCACCAUCUUGUCCAUGAAUCAUAAUACAGACACCCCAGGGUCACUGAGCGUGUCCCCCAGUUCUUAUCCUGAGCUCCACACUGAAGUUCCACUUUCGGUCUUGAUUUUAGGGUUGCUGGUGGUCUUUAUUUUAUCUGUCUGUUUCGGGGCUGGUCUGUUUGUCUUUGUCCUGAAACGCCGAAAGGGGGUGCCAAGUGUUCCCAGGAGUGCCACCAACUUAGAUGUCAGCUCCUUCCAAUUACAGUACGGCUCUUACAAUACUGAGACUCAGGAUAAAACAGACGGCCACGUCUACAACUACAUCCCCCCACCUGUGGGUCAGAUGUGCCAAAACCCCAUCUACAUGCAGAAGGAUGGCGACCCAGUAGCCUUUUACCGAAACCUGCAAGAUUUCAGCUACGGCAACCUGGAGGAGAAAAAGGAAGAGCCAGCCCCCUUGGCUUACACCAUAAGUGCUGCCGAGCUGCUGGAAAAGUCGAGCACACCAAGAGAGCCGGAGCUGCUGUAUCAGAAUAUCGCAGAGCGAGUCAAGGAACUGCCCAGUGCCGGACUGAUGCACUACAACUUCUGCACCCUACCGAAAAGGCAGUUCGCCCCUGCUUACGAAUCUCGACGCCAAAACCAAGACAGAAUCAAUAAAACCGUUUUGUAUGGAACUCCCAGAAAAUGCUUUGUGGGACAGUCAAAGCCAGACCACCCUUUACUGCAAGCUAAGCCGCAAUCAGAACCAGACUACCUCGAAGUUCUGGAAAAACAAACUGCAAUCAGUCAGCUGUGAAGGGAAAUCAUUUACAACCCCAAGGCAUCAAAGGAUGCUGCUUCAAACUGCUGGAAGCACUGCCUUGCCUUUGUGUUUGUUUCCCAGCGUCAGUGGGGGACUUUGACAGUGUCUGGGGGAUGGGUAAAGCAAUGAUACUGCUUUUUUCAAGUUUUCCUUUAAAUUAUUUCUCUUGGUUUUCCUCCACCCACCUUCCACCACUUUUCUUCUUAGGAAUCAUCACUGAACAUGAAUGUUUCUACAUUUCUUUCCUGCAUUUUCCCGUGUAUUUUGUUUAUGGUUUUGUUUAGGUUAUCUUUCUUCUUUUUAUUUUUCAGCCUGGGAAUGGAAAGAGGAGAUUAUGGUGAAUAAGGAAAGCGCCAGCAAAGUUUUCCAAUGAAAAUGGAUACUGAGUGUAUUUUGUAGAUGAGACUAUACAUUCUUUUGUAAAUAAUGAUAUAUGGUAUUUCUGUCUUCGGUUACCAAGUAUAGCCACUAGGCAUCACUUCUUCGUGUUAAAGUGCCUUUGCACUUUAAGUACAUUACUUAAAUGUUGCUUUUAGCUUUGAGAAAUUGAACAUAUUUUGAUGUGUUGUAUUUUUGAAAUUAAAAACACUGUAAAAUAGAUUGAAAAUGUCAGCUAUAUUAAGUCAACAUACAGUUUGCUUGAGUUAUAGAAACCAGCCUAUCGUUAAAUGAUUCUAGUUCUAGGACUUUAUAGAUUUAACUGUAAAAUAUUUCCUUUCCUCUGGAUUUGUUCUCAGUGAUUUUAUUUAAGUCAACUAAGGGGAUUUAACAGUGGACUAGAGGUAAUAAAGCACCUCAGUUGGGAUUAGUGGUUCAUUAAUAAAAUAUAUUUAACCCAA